GGUACGAUUGAUGGUAUCGCAGUUGCCAGAUGUGCAUUACUAACGAGACGGUCUACGUCAGUCGUAAAUUCUUUUCGAUUUCAUUAUCAUUACUCCUGACAUAAGAAUUUAAUUAUAUCCACGUUUUUUUUACAUGGAUCGCGAUUUAAUAAAAUUCGCAGUGUUCCGGUUCCGAAGGUAAUAUCGGCGCGUGUGGAAAGUAUGAUAUAAGUGACAGCGGUGUCACGGGAAAUAAAUCUGAUAAAAAAUGACGUGGUGAAGAUAUGCUUAUCGUUUGACGAGAGCGUCGAGGGAGUUACAAGUGAAGAAGUAGAAUGGAAGAAAGCACAAGUUCAGAAAAUGUUUGGCAUAAGGGAAAGCCUGAGGAACAAAGUGAGCUGUUUCAUGGAGAAUCCACAACCGCAUCCGUAGAAGCUAAUCCUACAUCGUUAGCUGAUAUAUUUGAUACAGCAUUUACAUCAACUGUAGAUCCGUCUCCACAAUCUCGAUUUACCUCAGGUAAUGAAAUGGAAUAUGAGCAUUUAUUUGCAGAAAGUGAUAUUGAAGAGUCAGACGUGACGACUAUAGGUUCUUACACAAAUUCAGCUCAUUCUACUGCUUCCGAGAAUAAUUUUGUUUAUGGAAAUUAUUUAACACAACCAGAUACAACUAGUGAUUCGCAAGAAUAUUGGCAGCCUGAUCUUUUAAAUUGCAAUAUGUGCCAAAAUAGACAAGAAAGAAAAAAGGAGCCUCCAGCUCGACAGUUAAAUAACCCUUGCGAGGAUAGAGUGUGUGAUAAUUAUAGAAGAAAGAGAAUAUUACACGAUCGUGAUUUGGGUGUCAAACAUAAAACUAAAAAGUGCGAAGACCAGAAAUUAUUAAGUGGACAACAGCCAGAUAGUUUGAGUAUAGCUGGACCAUCUAGAUCAUCUAGACCAUCUAGACCAUCUGAUUCUAUGUCAAACAAUGUAACAAGAUCAACGGAAGACACGAAUGUUUUACAAAAUAUAGGAAGUGAUAAUGCCAAUGAGUCUAAUAGUUUGUAUCACUCAGUUAUGUCAAAUGUGAUAACUCCUCAAGAUGUGUAUGCAGUACAUACAUCUCAAAAUGAUGACACACCAUCGGCACCAGAUUUGCAACUAGAUUGGUCCUCCAGUAGUGAUAGUGAUGAUGAGGAUGGCUCGGUUGAAGUUCUUGGAACUGUUAAUCAUAAUGCCAAGAAUUCAUUGCAAAGUACGAAUGAAGAUAAUCGUACAGUCACUGUAGUUGACUUAACUGUAGAAUCUGAUGAAGAACACACGCCAUCUGCGCCAUCAAAUCCCGUAGUUAAUCCAUGGUCGGCAGAUUAUAACCAUAGAACCAAUCCACAUUGUGUGCAUAGGUCAUCAGAUUUUUGGAAUCAUUUGCAUAAUACACAUAAUAGAGGCACGUUACACACUCACAGAGUGCAUGUUCAUUCAGGUUACGGAGCUGUAGGAGAUGCAUCUGCAAAUGUAACGAGACCACGCAUGCAUCCUGUGCAAGAGAGAUUGUGGAUGACUCAACAACGUAUGCAAGAAGUACAUAGACGAAGGCUUUAUCAUAGAACUUUGCAUCCUGCUAUGGGACCAUGUAAUGCUCAUGGGCAUUCAUCAACGCAACAUAUUUCAGGAGGAGGGGGAAAUAGUAGUCCUUCGGGCUCUCGGUGCAACAACGGCACAGAUAACGCAGCGUAUACGGAAAAUUAUCUGCCACCUCCUAUUUUACCACCGCCGCAGCAACCUACUGUUUAUAGUCAUCCUGAGGCCCAUCCUGGGCCACCUAGUUUCUUUAGGGGACCGUGCCCUGUGCUGCCCAUAAUCGUAAAUCCGCUGAAUAGCGUGGAAGAAAUGGAACCAACUCCUCCAGUGAUGUUACCUUCGAUGCCGGUACAUCAACAUGUGCAUCAUCAUAUGUAUCACUACGAUCCGCAUCAGCGGCCGUCGCAACGCUUGCAUCACGUACAUAUUAGUUUCCAUCCGCAUAUGCAAGGAUCUGGGACACACGACAUUGUGUCGUUUCCCGGGACACAUGACAUUAUGCCGUUGGGUUUGUCGGAUUUUGUGUUGCAAGGAGCGCGUCACAUGUCUGCUCGACUGGAUAAUUAUAUGCGCAUUGUUGAUUUGCGACGUAUGGCUCACAUGAGUUGUGGGGCUACGCAAGAAUCUAUUGAGAGCCACACAUUCCCUCAUAAAUACAAACGGGUAAAAAAGGUUGAAAACAGGGAAGAUGCUAUUGAGAAAUGUACAAUAUGUUUGUCCGAAUUUGAAGAUUGCGAAAGUGUCAGGAGGCUUCCAUGUAUGCAUUUAUUUCAUAUUGAUUGUGUGGAUCGAUGGUUGUGCACCAAUAAACGUUGUCCUAUAUGUCGAGUGGAUAUCGAGACUUUUCUUCAUAAGGAACUCACUACUUCGGCAUAGUUUAAGGUCUCAUAUCUGCCUCCUUUUGAAAUGUAUUCAGGUAACAUCUAUAUGAUAUCAAAUAUUUCAAGAUGGUUCAUGCAGGAGAAAAUGCGCUGGGUUACCGUUAUUACUAUGGAUUAAUGGUGUAAAAAUAUUAUGGAUAAUCAAAAAUAAAAUAACGAACCAUAAACUGAGUUCCUCAAGAAAACAAGAGAAGAUUGUCACCGUUCAAUCGUACGGUAGACGCAACUACGGUUGAUUUUACGUAUAUUGAUGAUGAUAAAUACUGAAGACUAAAUUUGUUUAUGAUACAUUAAUAGUUUAUUCAUACUUAUUUUUUAUCUUUGUUAUACAAUCAAAUCCCGAAAAUAAUUCAUCGAAACAGAGCGAAUCUUGCUAUUCUGAACUUUUUUCUUGCUCUUCGUCUUGUUUAAUUGAUACAUGAAAAUGUGUCAGAAUGGAAACAUUGCAUGCACAAUCAAUUUAAAGUGAGAAAGCGAAUCACAUUUCUAUUCUAACAUAAUUAUAUGGUCAUAUAGUUAUAUAAAAUAAAUGUGAAGUAAUGGAAGAGAGGACAAGAGGAGAUAUUAAGUUCAUAGAGUGUUGGUUGAUCCAGAAUAGGGAGUUAUUCAGAAUACAAGGAUUAAGCUUAAAGGGAUUUGAUUGUAAGUGUAUAAGAUGUAAAAUCUAUAUGCUAUAAUGCUACAUAAGAACAUCUAAAAUAAUUUAUACGAUUUUAUGGAAAUAUUACAUACCUUUGAGUACGUGCCUAAAUAUACGGAUCUGGCAAUUUGAUUUGAUUUUAUGUCGAUAUAAUAUAUUUCUGAUUCAUGAUAUAAUAUAUACAUAAAUUAUAUGCGUUCAGUGUACUUUAACUUAUGGGAGUAUUGGAAAUACAUUUUUAUUGUAAAUGUUUGAUUCAUGAUGAGACAUGUAAAUUUUUGUAAUGCUUGUAUUAAAUUUGUGAUCUUGGCAAAAUUUUAGUAUUACAUGUUAUAUUGCUAGCAAGUUCAAAAACAACUUUGUUUUAAUUUUGUCUCCGUGCAUACGAUAUAUACCUAUAAUAUUAGGCCCCGAUUUGAUCCUAUUAUAAUAUUGAAUAGAUCCGCAUGUUGAAAAGUUAUUAUUUACGAUUGUUGCGGAUUGCUAUUGAUUAUCUUCUAUGCGAGACUAAAUGGUAGUGCGUUUUUUGCAAAAUUAUGCAUCAUUUGUUAUAUAUGAUUUCCCUUUACGAAUAUCAUUCAAACUGCAUAAAAAUACAGCGUCAAUUGAACUAGAAGCGAAAUUGAUAUGACACAAGUUUUACAUUCGAAGAUAUUUAUUCAUACUGAGUUUUUCCGAUUAUUAUUACCGACGCUAAGCCAAAGACUUAGCCUAAGCUGUAAACGUAAAUGAAUAUUUGAUCCACAGAUCGAACGAUUUUAAACUAAAGGUAAUUGCCAUGGCACCUACGAAAACUACAAAAAGAUCAUUGUAUUGUGUGUCAGGCCUUAUAUAUAUUGUCACUCUUGUAUAUACAUUCUGUUAUAUAAUAGAAUCAAAAAAAUACUACUGUUCUAUAAUAAUCCGUGGUAAAGAUAUACGUUUUUACCACAUUAGUACCUUCAGUAUUCAAGUUGAUAGUGUAACAUGAAUAAUUUUAUUUUGUUAAUGUGCGAUAUAAAAUAUAAUAUAUAAUAGAUAUAUUAUAUAAACAUUAAAAAAAAAACAUACAAACAAUAUCAUACAAGAUUUCCCGUUGCUGAUUUGAUAUUAGGAAAUGAAUUGAAAGAAAGAGGGGGAGUAUAUAUAUAUAUUAUUAACAAUGAGGAUUUACAUUUCUGCUGAAUCACAUGAAUUUUAUCAUCUGAACGUAUAAUAACGAUCUCGUAAAAUUGGUUUUAUUAUUGAUGAACGAUCGUCAUUACGAAAACAUUUUCACACUGCCAUAUACAAAAACUGUUCAUGAAGAUUUGUUUAUUGCGGGACGAGUGGAGUAUCUUACAGACGGUUGUUUUAUUUUAUACGACAAAUUUUUUAACGGAAAGAUCGACGUAUAUUGACAAUUUAAUUCAAUUAAAGUAUCGAAGAGGUGGUAUGUAAUGCGUCCUAUUUCAAGGAUCGUGAACAAAAAAAAAAGAUAUAUUUGCCA